AUGAAUAUGUACUGUAGGGAUGCUGAUGAUGCUGUGUAUGAUCUACAUGGAAAGGAUCUACUAGGGUACAAGGUUACUGUGGAGCACGCCAAGGGUGUAAAGCGAAGUGGAGAGGGUAGAGGAAGAGCCCCCUGGACUGGAAAAUAUGGACCACCACAGCGUACAAAAUAUAGGCUCCGAGUAGAGAACCUGAGCUCCCGUGUGUCCUGGCAGGACCUCAAGGACGUGUUCCGGAGAGGAGGCGAGGUCACAUUCGCCGAGGCUCACACGACUCGAAGGAACGAAGGAUUGGUCGAGUUCGAAACGUCAGACGACCUGGAGCGUGUGUACAGGAAGUACCAGGGGGAGGAGAUCAACGGCCGUAGGAUCGAGCUCAUCAAGGAAUACUCGCGAUCAUCACGUUCAAGGUCGCGUUCCAGAAGUCGAUCAAGAUCCUCUCGGUCUAGAUCUCGAUCAAGGCGAUCAAGAUCCAACUCGAGGAAAUCAAGAUCCCGCUCCAGGUCCGGAGGAUCGAGGUCGAAGGCCAAGAAAUCGAGGUCAAAGUCGAGAUCUAAGUCCAACCGGUCAAAGUCCAAGUCUAGGGAAUCCAGGUCUCGCUCCAGGUCUAAGGACUAGGAUAAAUCCCGGAUCCUGGAAUCCCAAGUUUACAUUUUUAACAUCGUUAUAACAGAUUCAGAUAAUGAGUUCAUUUUGAGUUCAUACAACUUGUUUUCAAGGACUGAUGCAAGCUACAAAGUUGUAAUUGUAAAAUUAGUAAUCUGAAUGGGUUGGUGUAAGAGAUUCAAAAACAAAAAGUUUUUUUUGGGGAUUGAAUAUAUUUUGUUUGAAAGAAAUUAAUUUUUGUUUUGAAAUAAUUGACUCUGUAAGUUACUGUCAACAUAUUGUUUUUACUUUGUACUUAACUAUACUAUAUAAUGUGUUCCAUGCCCCAACCUACUACUUUCUCUUUGCCCCUUGAUGAAAACGACGUUGCUUGGUUUUCAUGUUUUUGGAGGAACUAAAAAUUAAAAGUGGAGUUUUUUUUUCAAUUCUAAACAUUAUUUUACUAAUUUAAGUUCCUUUAACACUUUAAUUUUUUCUGUUCUGAGUACACUUUACGUUUACAACUUUUCAAUUAUGUACAGAUUUAAAUUCGUACAUAAUAUUAUAACAUUAUUGUAUCUGUAUACUUAAGGCAUUUAGUUUUUUUGUUUUCAAACAAUCGCUACCAUCAUUUGGUUUCAGA